AUCAAGGUGAGCAGGCUAGGUUGUGAGUGAAGUUUGUAAAGGGGGGAGGGAAACUGCGUCAAAAAAUAUUCAUUGAAACCUGUGAUUCAACGGUUUUCCAGGAAUUUUUUGGAGUCGAAAAGGAUCAAUUGUGUGACAAAAUAUUAGCUGGUCGGCGAGUGGACCGAGGCAAAGAUGUUUCAGCCCUAGUGCGAGGUGUCAGAAAGUUGGGAUUGACAGGCUGGAAACUUUUGUUGCUCUUGUCGGGAGCUACCGUAUUAGAGUACCGAAAAGACAUCCUGUCUCUCGAGAAAGCCGUGGAGAGAUCAUUUUGAUUAGUCAUUUGAGGAGAUCAAGUGAAAUAACAUUUCUUUAAAUCACUUUCUAUAAUACCUUCAUACGAUGGCACAGUGGAAUCAGUUACAACAGUUGGAUACCAGGUAUCUGGAGCAACUGCACCAACUUUAUAGUGACAGCUUUCCUAUGGAGCUGAGGCAGUUUCUGGCAGCCUGGAUUGAAACUCAGGAUUGGGCAUAUGCUGCCAGUAAGGAAUCACAUGCUACACUGGUAUUCCACAAUCUGUUGGGUGAGAUUGACCAACAGUACAGCAGAUUUUUGCAAGAAUCCAAUGUCUUGUAUCAGCAUAAUCUGCGGAAGAUCAAGCAGUACCUCCAGAAUCGGUAUUUGGAGAGGCCAAUGGAAAUUGCGCGAAUCAUAGCAAGAUGCCUAUGGGAAGAAGCUCGUCUCCUUCAAGUUGCUGCAUCUGUCUCGCAGCAACCUGGACAGUCACCGCAUCACAGUUCUGUAGUAACUGAGAAGCAGCAGAUUCUUGAGCAUAAUCUACAGGAUGUACGGAAAAGAGUGCAGGAUCUUGAACACAAGAUUAAAGUUUUGGAAAACCUACAAGAUGAUUUUGAUUUCAACUACAAGACCUUAAAGAGCCAAGGAGAUGUACAAGAUUUAAAUGGGAAUUCACAAGCGGCGACAAGGCAGAAGAUGGCACAGUUGGAGCAGAUGUUGACUGCUUUAGAUCAGAUGAGAAGACAAAUAGUCACUGACUUAGCUGCCUUGCUGUCUACUGUGGAGUUUGUGCAGAAGACAUUAAUGGAUGAAGAACUGGCUGACUGGAAAAGGCGGCAACAAGUAGCAUGUAUAGGAGGUCCCCCCAACAUCUGCCUUGACCGUCUUGAAAACUGGAUUACAUCUUUGGCCGAGUCUCAGCUUCAGACGCGACAACAGAUUAAAAAACUGGAAGAACUGCAGCAAAAAGUUUCGUACAAAGGUGAUCCUAUUGUUCACCACAGACCUGUGCUGGAAGAGAGGAUUGUUGAAUUAUUUAGGAGCUUAAUUAAAAGUGCUUUUGUUGUGGAGAGACAGCCUUGCAUGCCAAUGCAUCCAGAUCGUCCCCUAGUGAUCAAGACAGGUGUGCAAUUCACGACUAAAGUGAGGUUGCUGGUUAAAUUUCCUGAAUUAAAUUAUCAGCUAAAGAUAAAGGUUGCCAUUGACAAGGAUUCUGGAGACGGUUCUGCACUGAGGGGAUCACGGAAAUUCAACAUUCUGGGAACCAAUACAAAAGUUAUGAAUAUGGAAGAAUCAAACAAUGGAAGCCUUUCAGCAGAAUUUAAGCAUUUGACACUGAGAGAGCAGAGGUGUGGAAAUGGAGGAAGAGCAAGUAGUGAUGCUUCCCUCAUCGUUACUGAAGAGCUACAUCUGAUAACUUUUGAGACAGAAGUUUACCAUCAAGGACUUAAAAUUGAUUUGGAGACCUCUUCACUGCCAGUUGUUGUAAUCUCUAACAUCUGCCAGAUGCCAAAUGCUUGGGCCUCAAUCCUUUGGUACAAUAUGUUAACCAAUAAUCCUAAGCAGAAUGUGAACUUUUUCACAAAACCUCCAGUUGCCACAUGGGACCAAGUAGCAGAGAUUUUGAGCUGGCAAUUCUCUUCAACCACAAAAAGAGGACUCAAUAUGGAACAGCUGGGGACAUUGGCUGAGAAGCUACUUGGUCCUGGUGUCACCUAUUCUGGGUGCCAAAUCACCUGGGCAAAAUUCUGUAAAGAAAAUAUGCCUGGCAAAGCAUUUUCAUUCUGGGUGUGGCUGGACAACAUUAUAGACUUGGUGAAGAAAUUCAUUCUUUCUCUCUGGAAUGAUGGAUAUAUCAUGGGUUUCAUAAGUAAAGAGCGAGAGAGAGCCUUGCUGAAUGUGAAACCCCCAGGCACAUUCCUCCUUCGUUUUAGUGAGAGCAACAAAGAAGGGGGUAUCACAUUUACUUGGGUGGAAAAGGAUAUCAAUGGAAAAACCCAAAUCCAGUCUGUGGAGCCAUAUACCAAGCAACAGCUGACCAACAUGUCCUUUGCUGACAUUAUCAUAAGCUACAAGAUCAUGGAUGCCACCAACAUUCUCGUGUCACCGCUGGUGUAUUUAUAUCCUGACAUUCCAAAAGAAGAGGCAUUUGGAAAAUAUUGCUGCAGUGAACCUCCAGAAGCUAUUGAUCCCAAUGAUCCAGAAACAUUUGCAUACCUGAAGAGAAAAUUCAUUUGUGUGACACCAACAAAUUCUGGUAACACCAGUGACUUGUUUCCAAUGUCUCCUCGCACGCUGGACUCGUUAAUGCAUUGUGGGAGCAACAAUGAGGGAAAUGAACAAGGAGCAGCAGGUGGCCUUGAAUCCAUCACUCUGGACAUGGAAUUUGGCACAGAGUGUGCUGCCUCUCCAAUGUAAAUUCUGUGCGCAUUAGCCAAUGUAGAAUCCUGUCUCAGUUAUUAUUUCAUUAUGAUGAACAACUAAUUACAGUGGUUUACAAGUAAUUGUUUAGGUGUCUUUUGAGAACUAGUACCUUAAGUUACUUUUGCAUAUAAUGCUUUUACUGCAUUGUCACCUCAUUCUCUGACUGCUUGAUUUAAACUUAACUCAACAAAAGGCUUUGUAUCGUACCAGUCUGAUGUUUCAACUUGGGUCCUAUCACUCCUUUGCAGAUGGUUCAAAAAAAAACCUUUUACAUGGUAUGUUAGAAGGCUCUGGUACAUUGUGGGGAAAAUGUUGCCUUUUCUUGGCCCUUUAUCAAUGGAUUAACAGCUUCAAGCACAAUCUGGGGUUAAAAGUAAAUUCUUGGUUUAAAUUCUGAGAUGAUGCACUUUGAGAUGUUUUGGCUACAGUGCACCUUCUUUAGAAAAUGGAUCUUGGUUGUGCAGAAACAAGCUGUUAAUAUAUGACCAGUGUUUGAAUUAUGUUUUAUUCAUACAGGGCAGGUGGUGAUGUGGGAAGUAGUUGUAACUGCCAAGGUGGUGGUAGGGAAUUUUCUCUUAAGCUGUUGCCGAACUUUGAGCUGAGUAGCCUGUUAGCCACUUUUAUGUCUUUGUACUGUGUUGCUGCCACAAAACAACAAAUUUCGCGUCAUACAAGUCAGAAAAUGAUCAGUCUGCGGAUGGUUUUUUUCAAAGGAUAUCAAUAUAUAAUUUGGUUUGUAUAACAGACCAAAGAUGGAUUUUAAAUGAAAAUUGUUUAUUAUUUCAAGAUUUUUCUUUUUUUUAGUUUCUCAAGCUGGCAUAAUGGGAAUUGAAUUUGCAUGCUUUGGAUCAUCAAUCCAGGCCUCUUAUUUACUUAUACAGAUUGGAGCUCUGACUUUUCCUAAAGAUAGACCAAAGGGAAAUGAUAUUGGUCUCUGCUGAUUAGCUCGGCUUUCUCCUAAAGGAGAAACAGAUUGGUGGCCACGACACGUUCAGUGUAUAAUUACAGUAGUCUGCUAUGAUUGAAUGGAUGUUGUGCAAUGCUGAAUUUAGCAGUACAAUGAAAUGUUAAUGAGGCUGAUUGUCAAGUACAUGUAAAGCCCUUAAAAUUGUUUUUAUAUUAAAAGCACUUUUUUUUUUAAACACCUCUUGGGAUUCAGAAGUUAAAACUAUCCAUGUGGUAUGCUACCACUGAGGAGAAAACAAUCCAAGUUUACUAAAAUUUGGAAAUAUUUGAAAACAAAUUGCAUUUUGCUGCAGGGAGUUGUCAGUGAUUUUUGAACUUUGAGGCAUAUUGUUUGUGUGGUAGAGAUUAACAAUGGAAACUGCUUGUAUCAGCCAUGGUCAGAGCCAGAUUCAAAUUUUGCAAUUGCAUUUAACUAAGAAUUAAAGGUCUGAAACCAUUAUUUCAGUAAAGCUGUUUAUUGUUGACAAAAGUAUAUACAGGAAAAACAGUGGCAAUGCAUUUUUAAGAUUUUUUUUGAUGCUGCCCAAAUGCUUGAGGCUGCUUGAAAUAAACAGAAUAUGCAAUAAAAUGUCGAGCCAACAUCUUGCAAAUUUAGCAAAGAUCUACUGAGCCAUUUUUAGUUCUGUUAUUCAAGUCAGUGGGGAGAGAACUAGAAAUCCAAUUUGAAAAGUAGUCUAUUAGCAUGUUUUAUUUCUCAUCCCCAUGCAAACCCUGAGAAGGUCAUACUAAUGACGUUUUACUAUCAGUGAGCCUACAUUAUGCUACACAUGGGGAAAGUUGAGUUGGACUGCAUUAUCACAAUAUUUCACCAGCUCAGUUGAGAAGUCCACAAUCAGGAAGCAGUAUUAUGUGACAUUUUUAGAAGUUUUCCAAAAGCCUUGUGAGAGAGAUUGGGGUGGGGGUGGGGGAUACUAUGUUUAAAACUGGUUUUGGGUAGAAAGAUUUCAGUUUAUCACAGGGCAUGGGAAAAGAGUAACCUUAUAUCAGGGAGCUUCAGAGAUGUCCAAAUGGAGUUAUGACUCAUUUUGUAAUGGAGUAAACCAUUUCCAAUCUAAAUGGUUCAGUACUAAGGCAGUUUUGUGUAGCUCAAAUAUUAACUUCUAAAGUGUAUUUCAAAAGCAGAGUCGUGUUUUAAAUCCCCUCCAUUGAAUCUUGGGUAAAGAGAAAUAAUGCGACACAAUUAAUUCUAAAACUGGUUAAGAAUCCACCAUUAAACUAUAAAGCAAUCUACAACAGUGCCUCAAAUAGAAAUGCUCAAUGGAUUAAUUUCAUUUGUGAAAUGUAUGGUUUGACUGUGUAUAUGAAAAGUGUAUAAACAGGCAGCAUUCAUUUGCUGUAAAUUUUAUUGCUGUACUACUGAAAAAUGUUUCCUUCCCCUUUUACUGAUUAAAAGCUGAGCUUUAAUUGUC